AUGGGGAGUGAACAUGUUGUGCAAGGAGGUUUCCCAAUGAAGGCGAACGCCGGAAAUGCUACAAUUCUCUCACUCGGAAAGGCCUUCCCUCACCAGCUUGUCAUGCAGGAUUUUCUGGUUGAUGGGUAUUUCAAAGAUACCAACAGUGAUGAUCCAGAGCUUAAGCAGAAGCUGGCUCGACUCUGUAAGUCCGUCAACUUCUCUCCUUUUUCCCAAAUAUCUUGUAGGAAAAUAUGACAGUGCAAAACAACAACAGUCAAAACUAGGUAUGUGGUCAUGUCAGAAGAGAUUCUGGAAAAGUAUCCAGAGCUUACAACUGAAGGCACACCAACUAUAAAGCAAAGGCUACACAUUUGCAAUGAAGCUGUAACAAAGAUGGCAAUUGAAGCUUCACAAGCUUGCAUCAAGAAAUGGGGGAGACCUACUUCAGAUAUAACCCACUUGGUCUAUGUCUCGUCCAGUGAAGCUCGCCUCCCGGGUGGUGACCUUUACCUAGCGAAAGGCCUUGGACUCAGUCCCCAGACUAAAAGGGUCAUGCUCUACUUCUCAGGCUGCUCGGGCGGUGUGGCUGGCGUUCGUGUUGCCAAAGACAUUGCCGAGAACAAUCCAGGAAGUAGAGUCCUGCUUGCUACUUCUGAAACCACUAUCAUUGGGUACAAACCACCAAGUGCAAACAGACCAUAUGAUCUUGUUGGUGUUGCACUUUUUGGGGAUGGUGCUGGAGCCAUGAUGAUUGGCUCAGACCCCGAAUUGGUAUCUGAAAACCCGCUGUUCGAACUUCACACAGCCUUACAAGAGUUCCUGCCUGGUACUGAGAAGACCAUUGAUGGAAGGGUCACAGAAGAAGGGAUCAGCUUCAAGCUGGAAAGAGAGCUGCCUCAAAUAAUUGAAGAUCACAUUGAAGGUUUCUGUGGGAGGCUGAUGGGAGUUGUUGGAUACGAUAACAAGGAGUACAACAAGAUGUUUUGGGCUGUCCAUCCAGGAGGUCCGGCAAUCUUGAACCGAAUGGAGAAGCGUCUUGAUUUGUCGCCAGAGAAGCUGAACGCGAGCAGACGCGCUCUGGCGGAUUAUGGCAACGCUAGCAGUAACACCAUAGUGUAUGUUCUGGAGUACAUCAUUGAAGAGAGCAAGAAGAUGAAGAAGGAAGGAGAAGGAGAUGGUGAAUGGGGAAUGAUACUGGCCUUUGGACCUGGAGUUACUUUUGAGGGAAUUUUAGCAAGGAAGCUUGCUGUCUAAGUUUUUUUUUUUAUAUAUACUGUCAUUAAAUGGAUGACCAACGUUACUUAGUAACUGCCUUUCCACUGCUGUUCCAGUUGAUUAAUCGAAGUCUUAUGUUCUUA